CACUUAAGCGAUGACAAAUAAGCAGUUUUGGUAUAGAGAGAGAGAGAGAGAGAGAGAGCACUCUUCUUCACAUAUUCUUCUGCAACACUAAUCGACACAAAAUCAGUGAAGACAAAAACAAAUACAAAUCGCACGCCAUUUGUUCUCCCACAUCUUCUUUGUUUUCACAUCUUUGUAAAUUCACGAUCAAACAAACCGCCUCACUGACUGAUUACCCUUCAAGUUUCUCUCUCUCUCUCUCUCUCUCUACAAAACCCCAUAAUCUCGUCUUCUUUGAUUUCAGUUGUGAGAUUUGAGUUGGGUUUUUGAUGAAUUUCAAAACCCAUUGUUCAUACUUUCGUUGUUGCUGUUCAUCACUAGAAACAAACCCCAAAGUCGUUAUCUUGUUUGCCUUUCAUUGCUCUUCUUUUUGUUGAGUUGAAAUGUUUCAAGAUGAUGGAUCAUCAUCAUCUGUGACUUCAACACCAGCCCAAUCUGGAAUGGGAUACCCAUGGCUCAAGGAGCUCAAAUCAGAAGAAAGGGGUUUGUGUUUGAUUCAUUUGUUACUCACUUGCGCUAAACAUGUAGCUUCAGCUAACUUUGAACAUGCCAAUAUUGCCCUUGAUCAAAUCUCCCAUCUCGCCUCACCCCAAGGCGAUACAAUGCAACGUAUCGCCUCCUAUUUCGCUCAAGCACUCGCCAAUCGAAUGCUCAAAACAUGGCCCGGAAUCUAUAAAGCUCUUCAUUCUACUAAGGUAUCAUUUGCCUCUGACAACACUUUGGUUAGAAAGAUGUUUUUCGACUACUUUCCUUAUUUGAAAAUAGCAUUUGUCAUAACUAAUCAAGCCAUAAUUGAGGCUAUGGAAGGGGAGAAGAUGGUUCAUGUGGUUGAUCUUAAUGCGGCUGAACCUACUCAGUGGUGCGCGCUGGUUCGUGACCUCAGCGCGCGCCCUGAGGGGCCUCCGCAUUUGAGGAUCACGGGUGUGCAUCAACAAAAAGAGGUUUUAGACCAGAUGGCUAGAGUUUUGACUGAAGAAGCUGAGAAGUUAGAUAUCCCAUUUCAGUUUAAUCCCAUUGUGAGCAAACUAGAGAAUCUUGAUGUCGAAAAACUGAACGUUAAAACAGGGGAGGCUUUGGCAAUUAGCUCGGUUCUACAGUUCCAUUCGUUGUUGGCACCAGACGGCGAAGUCGUUAAAUCGAAUAGUAACUCAAAAGGGGUUAACUUGCACAGAGUUUUCCAUGUGAAUCAAAAAGAUUUGGUCAACGGGUAUAGCCCGAGUCAAGAUACUGCCUCGUCAUCCCCUUUAUCUGGUACCAUCACUUCAACAAAAAUAGAAGGAUUUUUAAACGCGUUGAGGGGUUUGUCACCAAAAGUAAUGGUGAUCGCGGAGCAAGAUUCUGAUCAUAACAAACCCUCUCUAAUGGAGAGACUUUCAGAAUCUUUAUACUUCUAUGCUGCGUUAUUUGACUGUUUGGAAUCGAGUUUACCACGAACUUCAAUGGAGAGAUUGAAGGUGGAAAAGAUGUUAUUUGGAGAGGAGAUCAAGAACAUUAUCUCUUGUGAAGGUGGGGAGAGAAAAGAGAGGCAUGAAAAGCUCGAUAAGUGGGCUCAAAGACUGGAUUUAGCUGGAUUCUGGUGCGCCCCUUUGAGCUAUUAUGCGCUUUUGCAGUCGCGCAGAUUGCUUCAAGGGUAUAGUUGUGAUGGGUGUAGGCUCAAAGAAGAGAAUGGGUGUGUGGUGAUGUGCUGGCAAGACCGGCCCCUUUUCUCUGUUUCUGCGUGGAAAUGCCAAAGGUGAAAGAAAGGAUAGUCGAUCUUGUUUCGUGCUAAUGUCGUAUUUCUAAUGUUUUCCUUUUGGUUUUCGGUGUACCUUGGCUAAUUAAUUUAGAUAUAUGUGCCUAGUUGCUGGUUUCUAUAUAGUGAAGCAUCUAAUCUAAUCUAAUCUUGCUGGUACAUUACAUAACAA